AUGAAGCUGUCCGUUAUCGCACUUGCGGCUCUGUCCGUAGUCUCCACCAACGCCAUCGCCAUCGCGGCCGCCGAUGCCAACCCAUCCCCUGAGGCAUGGUGCUUCUGGAAGGGUCAGGGCUGCUGGAAGGCCAAGCGUGCUGCCGACGCCUUCUCCCAGGCUCUCCAGUCCUCAGGCGGAUACAAGGAGUCCCGCGCCGCCGACAUCUCCAACCACCCGGGCGGUGCCGCCUACCACGCCAAGAGGUCCUUCGAGGAGCUCGCCGCCCUCGUCGCCUCCGCCUACCCCAACCCCGAGGCCCUCUACGCGGACCUCAACCUCGGCAGCCACUUCGGCCCGGACUCCAACCUCACCGAGGCCGACGGGUCCGAGGGCGAGCCAGCACCCCCAGGCUUCGAGGGCCCCGGCCCCGAGGAGGAGGGCCCCUCCAUCGCCGCGCGUGACGAGGGCGCCGCCAUCGACCCCAGGUGGUGCUUCUGGAAAGGACAGGGCUGCUGGAAGCGCGAGGCCACGCCGUGGUGCUACUGGAAGGGCAAGAACUGCUGGAAGCGCGGCGUCGAGAUGAGCAAGCGCGAGGCCGAGGCCAACCCCUGGUGCUACUGGAAGGGCAAGAACUGCUGGAAGCGCACCGACGAGAACACCUCGGCCGUCGAGAGGCGCGACGCGGCGCCCGCCUUCUGCCCCUUCGGCGGCGAGGCCGGCAGCGUGUGCUACGCCUCUAAGCGCGACUUCAUCGAGGCCGACAAGCGGUCGUGCGAGCAGCCGGGCGAGGCGUGCCACAAGGCGCGCUCCGCCGCCGAGGCCCUCAUCGGCGCCAUCGAGGAGGAGUCCGCCGCCGACGAGCUCGCCAAGCGUGACACCACCCCCGCCGACCUCGAGGCCCGGUGGUGCUACUGGAAGGGCAAGAACUGCUGGAAGCGCGACGGCAUGGACGAGGUCGUCGCCCGCUGCAACAGCCCCAGCGGUGCCUGCACUGCGGCCCGCCGCGACCUGAACAGCAUGCACGCCGCUGCCCGCAGCCUCCUCGACACUCUCGACGCCGAGGUCGUCGUAACACAAGUUCUCCAAGAAGAUCAAAAACACAACUUUCCAUUCUUCAACGACAUGAACAUCUCCGAUACCUACCUCGGAGUCACCUCGUCAUACAAGCCCAACAAUACCUUCUCUUCGUGUUCAUCGAGCAUCCGCAACAGGCGCCAUCCUUCCUCGCUCCGGGGUCGGAUCUGCUGGGAAACAUAUCUCCCACCGGCACAAGCAGCGCUCAUGAACCCUUAUUCUCUCAUGACAAAGCUAGUUAGUGGACGGGCAACCAUGACGGGGGAUGAGGACAUGUCACUUACCACAAAUUUCACAACCGGAACAGCGCGGCGGCUGAGCCACGCAGCUCUCGGGAUUUAG